AUGGACCAUCCACUCGUGAAAUCAAAAAUGGAAAUUACAAAGACUCACAGAAGCUCAAGUUUCAACGGCGUUUAUGACUCAUCCAUUGAGUCAGCAGUUCCGAAUAUACGAAAUCCUUUUACACUCAUCCUGGAACUGGACUUAUUCGUUUUAUUAACAUUUGGAUACUACUUUCGAAGAUUCAUCAAAGCAAUCACACCUUUCUUGAGGAUAUUUACGAUCAUUAGCUUUGGAAUAACUUUGAUACUGACUUUUAUAUUGAUUCACUCGUCGAUGAAUAAGUCCUCAUCAAGAGAACUGGCAAUUGCUGGACAGUUGCAGAGCACUAAUUAUUUGAUGCAGCUAGAACUGGAACGAUUGAGAAGCAAGACUGUGGAUCUCGAAUUUGCUAUGAGAAAAAUGAAUUCUCAGUUAAAGGCAGCCCGAGUGGGCACAAAAAGUCAUCAAGAAACAUUAGCUGAUUUCGCUUCCGAGUCAGCUGGAGGCUCCAUCAUUGACACCCCAGGGACAAAAUCUUAUCACGAUCAGGGUCAACUCAAAACACUCUUUGGCAUUCUACUCUGGAAGCCCAACUAUUUCACUCCUCGCAAAGUCAUUCAGCCAUGGACUCAAGCUGGCGAGUGUUGGGCUUUCUAUGGUUCUCAAGGAAAAAUUGAAAUCGAACUUGCAUAUUCAACGUUUGUUAAUAAAGUAACUUUGGAGCAUAUUUCAGCUAGUGCAUCAUUGACCGGGACUAUUGAUUCAGCUCCCAAGGAAUUUCGUGUUCUGGGAAAAUUUCAGGGAAAUUAUAUCGAGCUGGCCACCUUUACGUACAGGCAUGAUGGACCUCCAUCCCAAAGUUUUCAGAUUGUGACAAAGGACAUGCAGAAUAACCCAACAAAGCAGAUAAUGUUGCAAAUUCUCUCCAACUGGGGACAUCCCGAUUACACAUGCAUCUAUCGUUUCAAAGUCCAUGGAAAAAUGUACAAUAAGAUUUAGCAUAAGGAAAAUAAAAAUUGAAAUACCACGUGAAAAGUUAGUUUUGGCCGUUUUAUUGUAUUCUCGUACAAAGUUAUGCGUCAAUGUCAGAGAAAAUGUCAUUACGUCCAUUUUUCGGCAGCAGAGCCACCCCAGUUCUGAGCGGGUGCUUGGGCAGGUGUAGCUGCAGCAUUUGCUGACCAUUCGUCUUGUACCUGGGUAGCCCAGUCACUUGAUGGAGCAAAGGCAGCAGCAGGAGCUGGAGCUGGUGCAGCAGCUGGUGUUGGAGCUGAAUCGUCAGCCCAGUUCUCAGUUGCGGGAGUAGACUCUA